AUGGGAAAUGCAGAUAUUGACAAAGCAGAGAUUUUGUUAAAGCUUCCUGAUAUUUUGAAAUCUGAUAAUCUUGGGAAUGUUCACGUAAUUCUCUUGAAGGGCAUUGACUCGAGCCAGGUUCCCAUAGUGAGGCUUAUGGAUCUUACUAAUGUUGUUAUAAAUACAAAGCUUCUACGUGACUACUCAAAGAUAGAUGUAUGUUUUGAUGUGCAUUAUUUCAAAGAAUGUGUACCUAGGAUACGGCUUUAUAAGGUUGUGCCAUUUUUGUUGAGCAUCUAUGGUUGUUUGUGA